GGUGGAGGUUGGAGGAGGUCCUGCCGGGGAACGGGAGCUAGAUGAGGCAUUUAACAACGGAUGUAUUCAAUUACCAGUGGUCCUUGAAUCACUAGGAGGAAAGAGACAUUGAGUUUGAAAGGACUGAAGGGACAGCUCUGAGAAGUAAAGAGAAGAUUCCAAAGUACUUGUUUCCUCUCAGUUUGAAGACCUAAACUGCAGACUUAUCUAAACAAGUAAACUACCCCUUUCUUUAUAUACAGAAGUUUCAUCUCCAAAACACGAAGUAGCAUUUCAUUCCUGAGAGGUGUAAAAGUUGAUAUGUCAGACCUCUCCCCAGAGGAGCAGUGGAGGGUUGAGCACGCACGCAUGCAUGCCAAGCACCGCGGCCAUGAAGCCAUGCAUGCUGAAAUGGUCCUCAUCCUCAUCGCUACUUUGGUGGUGGCCCAGCUGCUCCUGGUGCAGUGGAAACAAAGGCACCCCCGCUCCUACAAUAUGGUGACCCUCUUUCAGAUGUGGGUUGUUCCCCUCUAUUUCACAGUGAAGCUGCAUUGGUGGAGGUUCCUAGUGAUCUGGAUCUUGUUCUCUGCUGUCACAGCUUUUGUCACCUUCCGAGCCACCCGAAAACCACUAGUACAGACAACCCCAAGGUUGGUUUAUAAGUGGUUCCUGUUGAUCUAUAAAAUCAGCUAUGCCACUGGCAUUGUUGGCUACAUGGCUGUCAUGUUUACCCUCUUUGGUCUCAAUUUAUUAUUCAAGAUCAAACCAGAAGACGCCAUGGACUUUGGCAUUUCUCUCCUCUUCUAUGGCCUCUAUUAUGGAGUUCUUGAGCGAGACUUUGCAGAAAUGUGUGCAGACUACAUGGCAUCUACCAUAGGGUUCUACAGCGAGUCGGGCAUGCCUACCAAACACCUCUCGGACAGUGUGUGUGCUGUGUGUGGGCAGCAGAUCUUUGUGGAUGUCAGUGAAGAGGGCAUCAUCGAGAACACAUAUAGGCUGUCUUGCAAUCACGUAUUCCACGAGUUCUGCAUCCGUGGCUGGUGCAUCGUGGGAAAGAAGCAGACGUGUCCCUACUGCAAAGAGAAGGUAGACCUCAAGAGGAUGUUCAGCAACCCCUGGGAGAGGCCUCACGUCAUGUAUGGGCAACUGCUGGAUUGGCUUCGGUACUUGGUAGCCUGGCAGCCUGUCAUCAUUGGCCUGGUGCAAGGCAUCAACUACGUCCUGGGCCUGGAGUAGCCAGGAAGAAGAGCAUCCGCCCACUGCGGACCUCAGGGCACUCUCCUCCCUGCCCUCCAAGACCUCCUGGGUGGGAAGGACUC